CUCUCCCUGUCGGCUCCCAGCAGCAGUCCUGCGUCGCCGCCGCUGGCAAGUCGCGGCUAUCCGUCGUGGACUGCGCACGUGAACCACUCAACAGCCCGUCCCCCGAGCCGCCGAGACACCAGACCAGCUAGGGAGUGUUGUGCGACAUGUGUCUCGGACGGAGACUUCGAUGAAACAUUAGAAGAGUAACUCAUUCCUGUGGGACGUUGCAGUGUAUCGAGGACUAGAUAUUUAAGAUUCAUUCCAGCAUGGACGGCACGGCGGGAUGGAGGUUAAUGAUGCUGUGGGGGCUGCUGGCGCUGGCGGCGGCCAGCCAGCCCUGCCCCGAGCUGCACCGCGACCUGCGCUACCCGUGCCGCUGCGACCUCACCGCCGAGCAGGAGAUCCUGGUGGACUGCGACCGCGUGGUGUUCCACGGCGACCUGCCCUCCUUCCCGCACCGCGCGCCCGUCGUCAGCUUCCGCCAGCGCUGGGCCGGCCACCAGGCGCUGCCCGCGCGCGCCUUCGCCGCGGCCGAGCUGCCCCUGCGCGCGCUCGACCUGUCGCACAACUCCCUGCGGCGCCUCACCGACAGGCUGCUGCUGGGGCUGCAGGACAGCCUGGAGCAGCUGCUGCUGGGAGACAACCUGCUGGGGGACAACCUGAACCCCAUCUUCUCCAGCAGCGAGCUGCACGGGCUGGCCGGCCUGCGCGAGCUGGACCUCAGCGGCAACCUUAUCAAGGGCCUGGAGGAGGGGCUGCUCAAGGGCUGCGACAACCUGCAGACUCUGCGCUUGGAUAGGAACAGUCUGACUUCCGUUCCAAGCUCAUCCCUGAACGGCCCCAGAGCUCUGCGCAGAUUUUCUCUCACUGAGAACCACAUCAGCGCGGUGCACAACAACGCGUUCCUGUCGCAAAGGUCGCUGGAGCAGAUAGACUUGAGUCACAACCGCCUCACAGUCAUAGAGAGCGGGUCCUUCGCGGGGCUGGACCGACUGCGAGAGUUGCGGCUGACACACAACAGGUUCUCUCGCUUCAACAGCGACGUCUUCCAAGGAGCCGAAAACUUGGAGUACCUGUCUCUGUCGGAAAACUUCAUAUCUGAGAUACCCAGCACAGCCCUGAAGGCCUUUUUGAACCUCAAACACCUGAACUUGUCAUCGAACCUAAUACAGAGCUUGGACGGCGCGAACCUGGUGUCCCAGCCGGAGUUGGAGAGCCUCGACCUGAGCAGAAACAACAUCGCCAACAUCGCCCCGGGCACCUUCCUCGGUCUCCGCAAACUGAAGGAACUCGACAUCAGCGUCAACGCACUGCGAACGGUGGAGGACGAUGCCUUCGAAGGCCUGGACAACCUGGAGAGCCUGUCGCUGCGAGACAACAACAUCCUGCUGGUGCCGGCGUCGGCGCUGGGCCGCCUGCCGCGCCUCGGCCGGCUGCAGAUGGACUUCAACCGCGUGGCCGCGCUGUCGGGCGACAUCCUGCGCGCGGUGGCCGGGCAGGUGACCGCGCUCAGCCUGGCGCGGAACGUGGUGCGCGAGCUGCCCGCCGCCGCCUUCCACGAGUUCCACCGGCUGCGCGCGCUCGACCUGGGCGGCAACCUGCUGACCGGCCUCAACGCCGCGGCCUUCGUGGGGCUGGAGCGGAGCCUGCGCGACCUGCGGCUGGGGCAGAACCAGCUGGCCGCCGUGUCGGGCGACCCGCUGGCGCUGCCCGAGCUGCGCAGCCUCGACCUGUCGGGCAACCACCUGACCGAGGUCUCCGCGGGGGCGUUCACGCGCGUGCCCUCGCUGGCGCACCUCAACCUCAGCGGCAACCCGCAGCUGGGCGCGAUCCCCUCGUCGCUGCUGCACGGCGUGCCCCGGCUCGCCCGCCUGGACCUCAGCCACACGGGCCUCAGGGCCUUCACGCCGGACAUCCUCAUGCACUGCCAGGCCCUCCAGCGCGUCUCCCUCAGGGGCAACGCCAUCCAGGAGAUCGCGGAGAACACCUUCAAGAACCUCCGCAACCUGACCUCCAUCGACCUGUCCUACAACAACAUCGCGAACAUCAGGACGGGCGCGUUUUCCGGCCUGCAGAACAUCAAACGGGUUUCACUACGAGGAAACAGACUGAGUGCGUUCAAGGGAGAGUAUUUCAGAUUCACAAGGGGCAGCGAUGGGAAACUUGGAACGACCCUUGAAGAACUGGACCUCUCGCUCAACGAGCUGAGCUAUUUGUUUCCAUCGUCAUUUCGUGUUCACCCUAGACUGCGAAGACUUAUAGUUUCGGACAACGAAUUUUCGUUCUUUCCUGCUGAGCUUAUAGCUUCACUUCAGUACCUGGAGUAUGUUGAUCUCAGUGGCAAUGCUUUGAAAGCUGUAGAGGACUUGGACUUUGGGAGACUUCCAAGGUUGAGAACAUUGCAUCUCGCUAGAAAUCAAAUAGAAUCUUUAAGUGAAUCUGCUUUCCACAAUUCAACGCAACUUCAAAUUUUGAACUUAGGUGACAAUAAACUGGAUCGCUUAGGGGAAAGAACUUUUGAGGGUUUAGCUCGCAUUGAAAUGCUAGAUCUUUCAAAUAAUCAACUGAGCGAACUACCAGAUUCGAUUUUUGAACGCACGAAGAUUCAGAUGCUUGAAAAUAUAAAUCUGUCUGGUAACAAGUUUGAAGUUGCGCCACUCAAAUCACUGCAGCGGCAGUACUUCUUUUUAUCUUUAGUAGAUCUGUCCAGAAAUAAUCUGAAGGACAUUCCACCCGAAGACAGCAUUAUGGUCAACAUUAAGAGACUCGAUCUAUCUUUCAAUCCCCUGACCGAGGAAGCUGUGAACACUGUACUUAAUGAACCAAAGACGGUCCGGGAACUGAAUCUUGCAAGCACAGGAAUAUCCAAAAUCACACAACUCGAAACACCUUUCCUCAGACACCUAAAUUUGUCCCACAAUGCCAUCACAGAGUUAUCAGACAGAGCAUUCGAGCGACCAACCUUAUUAGAAGUGCUAGAUGUUUCUCAUAACCAGCUCUCAGAAAUGACAAACACCCUUUCUCGAGUGUGGCCACGACUUAAAAACCUUCACCACGUAGACAUUUCUGGAAAUUCAUUUUCGACGAUCGUGCAAGGUGAUUUUGACGGCUUGGAUGCACUUCAGCAUCUUAAAAUGCAUGAUUUGCCAAAAUGCACGAAGUUGGAGAAGAAUGCAUUCAAGGCACUGGGUAACUUGGUGCAACUGACUGCUUUCGGAUACCCACGGCUUGGCUACUUGGACGUGCACGGGAUCCUACAGAACCUGCCCACGCUGGAAGUCCUGGACAUAGAAGUGAAAGACCCGGCGGUGAGCAGCGACCAGCUGGCACCGGUGCUGCAUCCUCGACUCGAGGAGUUCAGCAUCAGAGGCGAGAGAGUGCGGAGCCUCUCCUCCGGCAUCCUAGCCGGCCUCAAAAGCUCUUCUGUGGUCAUCGGGCUUCGGAACACAUCCUUGACCACACUUCCUCCUGCGCUGUUCUUCACGAUGCCCCGUUCCAGCCUCAUAACGCUCGACGUCAGCGGGAGCAAACUGUCCACCCUCAGCCCCCAGUUGUUGUCGGCGUUUGACGAGCGGCGCGGGGACCUCAAACUCGUGGGCCUGGCUUCGAAUCCCCUCGUCUGCGACUGCGGUGCCAGGGCAUUGCGCCGGUGGCUUCCCGGAGCUGGGAUGACCGGGAUACGGUGCUCGUCCCCGGCGGAUCUGGCCGGCAGCCUGCUCAUCGAGAUCGCGGACGACGCCUUGACGUGCGACCCGAACCGCCACGCCCUCACGUCCGCCACGCCGCCUCCCACCACCGUCGCGCCGCCGACCAGUCCCAAGCUGAUGACCGAGCCGGACAUCAUCUGGUCCUUGCCGCCGGCCAGCAAGACCAGCACGCGCGCGGCGGGAGCCAACAACCCCGCCAGCAAGACGCCGCCCACCGUCACCAGCGCCGGCCUCAACAAUGACGACACGCUCAUCAUAGGCAUCGUGGGCGGGGUCGUGGCCUUCAUCGCGAUCCUCAUCAUCGUGAUCUGCAUCGUGCGGCUGCGCAUCAGCAACAACCAGUACCGCGGGGGGCCCCUGGCGAGCGCCGCGGCGCUGUCUAGCGGCCACCCGUCCUCCAUGAUCGCGAGCAACGCCUGCUCCUGCGUGAAGCCGCCGCCCCUGUACAUGGCCGGCCCCUACGCGACGCUGCCGGCCAAGAUCAUGGGGCCCGCCUCCUCGUCGGCCGGCCACAGGCCCACCUACUCCACGAUGGGGCGGCAGCCCUACUACCAGUCGCCCCCGUACUUCAUAUCGUACCCUCCCGAGGAGAAGGAGCACCGGUAGCAUUCGGUGAAGUUCGCAGUGAGCAGCUUGUGAACUGGCCUCACUGCACUGCCAGAACACUUCUGAGUGUUGUUCUACAGCCUAUCACAGACAUUCGCAGCUAUCAGAACAUGAGACUUGAAAGAAGAUGUUAUGAUUUUAAAGAACAUAGACUGACACUACACUACAUCUUGCAGAUGCAAGAAACAUAUUGUCUGCUAAGAAAUUUCUCUUAAAUGCAUAAACACAUGUGUUAGCACAGGUAUUAAAAAAAUUAACUGUAAAAUUUCCAAUGUAUGAACGAUUUUUAGCAUGUAGUUUCUUGAUUUUUUU